AUGCUCAACUUGAACAAAGAACUCCAUCAAGUUCUACACGAGCGAAAUCGGGUGGAAAUUUGUAAUAUGAGAUUCUAUGGCAGUGGAUUAUCGUACCAAGAUGAGCGAGAAAAAAGAAAAACCUUAAGGUUUAUGGCUGUGGAUGAAAUAAUUUCUUCAGAAAGAAGUUAUCUUCGCCAAUUGGAAUUACUUAUGAACUACUUCGUUAAACCGAUAAAGUUUCAUACAUUAAUUGAUGAUCAUAACCAUUCUUUUUUAUUUGGACAAAUUGAAAUGAUUUAUAAUUUAAAUGAGGAAUUACUGCGUGAGUUGGAAGAAAAUAAAGAUAAAGUUGCGAAAGCUUUUCUUAAGAUGGCUCCAUUUUUAAAACUGUAUUCUGUUUACGCCUUUGAUUUCCAAAACGUACUACUUAUGCUCCAAAAAAUUGGAAAUAAAAAUCCGGCUUUUCGUAAAUUUAUUGUUCAGACUGAGACACGUCCUGAAGUACAGCAUACGUUGAAUUCCUUGAUGAUAAUUCCAAUACAACGCUUACUUCGAUAUAAAUUACUUUUAGAACAAGUGCUUUUGUAUACAAGUCCAUCUGAGACUGAUUUUAAAUUGUUAAAAGAUUCUGUAAAGCAAAUCAUAUCGGUUGUCUCUCAUAUAAAUUCAUGUGUGGAGGAGCAAGAAGUAACUUUAAUGCUUCUUAAUUUACAAAACUCGUUUUUGAAUCGAUCGCCUAAAAUUAUUAAACCAUCAAGGAAAAUUGUUAAAGAAGGACGAUUGCAUAAAAUAUCUCGUACGGGAUCUCAGAUUAAACGGUAUUGUGUUCUAAUGUCUGACGUUUUUUUGUACUGUAAAAUAUUAAGGGAUCGUGAAAUAAACACUACAAUAGAAAAUGCUUUGGAGUGCUGUUGCAUUUUUCCUUUGAAAAAGUGUAAAGUAUAUGAACUGUUUCCAGACAGUUUUAAAAUUACUUGUCAAGGCGAUGCGAUCAUAUUCAGUUCAUUAGAUACACAACUUGUCCAUUCAUGGAUAAAUUGUAUCCGGGAUACUAUAGAUUCACAUAUCCAGUGUAGAAAGACAUUGCGCAAAGAAUCUAGUAAACGCAAACCUACCAGGAAGAAGAAUAUUAAACAUUUUGAAACCGAUUAUCCAAUCAGAAAAACAUUGCAACAACUAAAACGUGAAAGUUACCAGGAAGUUGAUGAUAACACGAAAGGCUGUUUUCCGUUUAAGAAAACAUGGCCUUUCUCAAAUAUAAAUGUAGCAGUUUCACCGGUCGAAUGUAGCGAUAGUGAAAGUGACCUUAAACACAAAAUGAGUACAGGAUUUAAUACUGUGAAGAUUGUUUUAGAGAAUAAAUAUUUCAUCAGGGUAUCUUCACCAGAGCAAAAACAUGGCUAUGUUGUGCAACAACCACUUCAUAAACGAGUAAAAUUUGAUGUCAAAGAAAAUAAUGCAAGUUACACAUAUCAACAGAAUUUUGGAAUUUAUCAAAAAUAUAUAACGAAAAAUGUGGAUUCAAAAGUGACUUUGACUGAUAAAAUAUAUAAUUUUUUUGCUGAUUUCUUUUAA